UUGGGGUGUAAGUGGGCAGAGGGGAAUAGAAAUGUAAGGGUAAGUACAUUGCUGCUAUAUUAGUAAUACUGCCCCUGCCCUUACCUGCUGUGUUACCCACUGGGCAAGAUGGAGACACUUUAUACCCCCCGUGCCCGACCUGCAGCCAAUCACUUGCACCCAGUUCCCUUCAUCCCCAGCCAGGGGUGCAGCCGCUUCUUGUUCCGUUACGGCCGGGGGAGCCGCUCACAUGGAGGUAUUUGUUUGUAGCCAAUAGGGCCGGGAGCAGAGAGAUGUGGGAGACGCACGGCCCUCACUCCAGCCUGGGCACUGAGCAGGCCCCUCCCUCCCACAAGGAGCCAAUGGGAAUGUGGGAGGAAGCGAGUGACCCAGUGAUGGGGAAGAAGGAUAAAAAUGAGGAGCGGAAGGAGAGAAUCCUGAAUCUCACACUGGAGAUUAUCUAUCUGCUGACUGGAGAGGGCUACGUCAUCCCUAAGAAGAAGAGCCCAACUGUGGGUUUGGGGGCCCUGCAUGCCCCUGGCUCCGUCAUACAGAAGGAAAAUGACAAGAAGAUCCUGGAACUCAUCUCCAACAUCAUCCAGCUGCUGACUGGAGAGGAGUGGGAGUAUAUAAAAGGAAACAAGGCCCUUUACAGGGAAGGGAUAAAGGAGGAGGAGGAGGAGCCCCAGUUUCUUAUCGCCCCUAUUUUUUCUAUAUUACGGUAUUGCUCCUUCUAUAACUAUUUGCUUCUUGUAUCUUUAGCAGAACAGCCCUCACCGGCCAAUGGGAUUAAAGAGGAGGCGGCUUCAUGUGAAGGGGAUAACCAAUCAGAUUGCAGCAUUAAUCCCCUUACAGAACAGAUACAGGGAACAGACACGCCUACUCCUAUCAUGGGGUGCAGCCUGAAUAACAGCUCAGCAGGGGAUUAUAUAUCAGAUGGGAUUAAGGAGGAAGCAUGUUUAUGUGAAGGGGGAAACCAAUCAGACUGCAGCAUUAAUCUAAUUACUCCUAUCAUGGGGUGCAGCCUGAAUAACAUCUUGUCGGAGGAUUAUAUAUCAACUGUUAUUAAAGAGGAGGCGGCUUCAUGGCAAGGUGGAAACCAAUCAGAUUGCAGCAUAACCAAUCCGCUUACAGAACAGAUAGAGGGAACAGACAUGCCUACUCCUAUCAUGGGGUGCAGCCUGGGUAGCAGUAAUAUAUAUGAUAACAAUGCUUAUAACUCUUCAAACAAAUCUCACAUAACAAAAAAUACAUCACAUAGGAAAUACAGCUGCAAUGAGUGCCAUAAACACUUUAGUUAUAAGAGAGACUUUGAUAAACACCAGAGAACCCACACAAAAGAGAAACGUUUUUCUUGUUCCGAGUGUGGGAAAUCUUUUGGUACUUCAUCAGAAGUUACCGUCCAUCGGCGGCGAUACCACACAGGGGAGAAACCAUUCUCUUGUUCCGAAUGCGUGAAAUGUUUUACAACACUAAAGCAACUUACUGUCCAUGUGAGAUCCCACACAGGAGAGAAACCUUUUUCUUGUUCUGAAUGUGAGAAAUGUUUUGUCACUUCAUCAGACCUUACUAUUCAUCGACGACGGACUCACACAGGGGAGAAACCAUUCCCUUGGGAGAAACCUUAUUCUUGUUCGGAAUGUGGGAAAUGUUUUGCCACUUCAACAGAACUCACGCUCCACAAGAGAACUCACACAGGGGAGAAACCUUUUUCUUGCUCUGUGUGUGGGAAAUCUUUUGCCAGCUCAUCAGAACUUACCGUCCAUCGAAGAAGCCACACAGGGGAGAAACCAUAUUCUUGUUCCGUGUGUGGAAAAUGUUUUUCAACUCGAUGUAACCUUAAAGAUCAUCACAAAAUCCACACAGGGGAGAAACCAUUUUCUUGUUCGGAGUGUGGGAAAUGUUUUGCCAGGAAAGCAGAACUCACUAUUCACUGGAGAACCCACACAGGGGAGAAACCUUAUUCUUGUUCUGAAUGUGGGAAACGUUUUGCUACUUCAUCAGAACUCACUGUGCACCGGAGAAUCCACACGGGGGAGAAACCUUUUUCUUGUUCCGAAUGCGAGAAAUGUUUUGCCAGAUCAUCAGAACUCGCUGCCCACCGGAGAACCCACACAAGAGUGAAAUGAUUUUCUUGUUCCCAAUGCGGAAAAUGUUUUGCCUGUUACAGUAAUCUAAAGAGGAACUUUGAGAUUAGUAUUUACAGAGUUGAAGAAAAACAUUAUGUAAAAUAGAAUGUAUUCAUAAGACAUGUGGAUCUGAUUUGCUGUUCAAAAAUUUCCCUCCCAGCGUAAUUCUGCAGUAGGACACUGGGCCGUGUUCGAUGGUCACUGGGCAAAGAACAAAAGUGUGUAUAUAGAACUGAUCUACAGUCGUCUGAUGAUGUUUUUUAGACUGUUAUCUCUUUUGGGCAGGGCCCUCUCUACAUUUUCUAUCGGUAUGUAAAUCUACAUGUUCGAUGUAUAAAACCGUUUAUUGGACAUUGAUGUAUUAGUAGUAGUAAUAGUAAUUACUAUGGACUUGUGUCUUAAAGUCAUCGAGAUGCUUCUACCCUCUCA